CGAGCAGCAGCGCAGUCGGCGUUGGGCAUCGGGGCGCAGUGUAGCGCGCUUGGGCAUCGUUGUGGUGGUUGAGGAUACGGGCAGACUUAUUCACCAGAACUUUGUGCCUGACCUCCUGAGUGAUUUGGAUUCCCCAAGCUGUGGGUUUCUCGCCAAGCAAGUUGCAAGAUUUUGAGGACGUCUAGGACAUCUAAAGGCGGCGCCUAGUGAUGCCAGUGGCCACAUCGGAGCAGGGUCGACACCAUGGUAACAAGCCGAUGAUGCCCAUGCAGUCGUCCUCGGCCCCGCUGUUCGGCUCCGACUGUGGCACGGGCGUAACGGCGCGCGCCAGCCGCGCGCCGGGCUCGCCGCCGCUCAACAUCAACGUGCUGCAUCAGGACUCACCGCUGUUCGGGGGGCACUCGCCUCCAGUGCUGAACCUGUCUCCGGGCCUGAACCCCGUCACCAUGGACGCCCAUCAGCGCAUGUCUCCCACGUAUGACGUCAUCAACGACGGUAAGUCCGACCUCAGUGCUGACGUCACUCGCGCUGCGGCCGGCGGCGGCGGGGCCCCGCGGGUCGUGAGAGGCACUUGGCACGGCGCCAGCUGA